GCCACUGGCCAGGAAGGCUGCAGAUUGGGAUCUGCAACUGAGAGAAAGUGGAGCUGAGAUACGGGGCUGUUUCAGGAUCUGCUGCAGGACCACGGUUGUCAAGUCUGCCCCAAGGACUCAGAUGGAAAAGUUUCCUGCUGCAUGACCACUCCGUAAGGUAUCUCUUCCCAACGCAGGAGGUGACUUGUGAAUUCUGUGUCCGGUUCCUGAGGACCACUCCACUAUGCAGUGGAUGAUGAGACUUCGGGGCCUCUGGGGCGUCCACAAAUCCUUCCACAGUUUCCACCCUGCCCCUCGGAAACUGUGCUGCCAAUCUUCAUCAGGAGUUAGAGCCCCAAAGUGGAAUGAUCAUGAUAUGCCUGAGGAGUUUAACUUCGCGAGCUACGUGCUGGACUACUGGGCUCAAAUGGAGAAGGAGGGCAAGAGAGGUUCCGAAGUCGCCCUGUGGUGGAUGAACAGCCAAGGAGAGGAAGUGAAGUGGAGCUUCAGAGAGUUGACAGAGUUAACCCGCCGCACAGCCAACGUCUUCACGCAGGCCUGUGGCCUGCAGCAGGGGGAUUAUCUGGCCUUGAUUCUGCCUCGAGUGCCUGAGUGGUGGCUGGUGACCGUGGGCUGCAUCCGGACAGGCAUCGUCUUCAUGCCCGGGACCACCCAGUUGACAGACAAGGACAUCAUGUACCGACUACAAGAAUCUAAAGCCAAGGCCAUUGUGACAACAGAUACCCUUGCUCCCAAGGUGGACUCUGUGGCUUCUGAGUGCCCCGCUCUGAAAACCAAGCUCCUGGUAUCUGAUCACAGCUGUGAAGGUUGGUUGGACUUUCGAUCACUGAUCAGGUCGGCAUCCCCGAACCACACCUGUGUCAAGUCAAAGACUUCGGAUCCAAUGGUCAUCUUCUUCACCAGUGGGACCACGGGGCUCCCCAAGAUGGCGAAGCACAACCAUGGACUAGCCCUACGGUCCUGCCUCUCCUCCAGCAGGAAAGUGUUGCAGCUGAAGACCUCUGAUGUCAUGUGGUGCAUGUCAGACCCAGGCUGGAUCCUGGCUGUCGUGGGGUGCCUGUUUGAACCGUGGGCAGCAGGGUCUACGCUUUUCAUCCACCACCUGCCCCAGAUCGACCCCAAGGUCAUUGUACAGAUGUUGUUCAAAUACCCCAUCACCCAAUUCCUGGCUGCACCAGGCAUUUAUCGAAUGAUUCUACAGGAGAAAUUUGCCAACCUCAGGUUCCCCACCCUGGAGCACUGCAGUACUGGCGGGGAGGCCCUGCUGCCCGAGGAGCAUGAGCAGUGGAGGCAGCGGACGGGCCUGUUGCUCCAUGAGCUCUACGGACAGUCAGAAACGGGAUUGACUUGCGGAGUCUCCCGGGGAAUGAGCAUCAAGCUGGGCUCCAUGGGGAAGGCCAUCUCGCCCUUCGACAUCCAGAUCAUCGACGACAAGGGCAACACCCUGCCCCCCAACACGGAAGGAAACAUCGGCAUCAGGAUGAAGCCCACCCGACCCACAGGCCUCUUCAUCUGCUACGAGAACAAACCAGAGAAGACGGCGGAGGUGGAGUGUGGGGACUUUUACAACACCAGGGACAGAGCAAUCAUGGAUGCCGAGGGCUACCUCUGGUUCCUGGGCAGGGACGAUGACGUCAUCAAUGCCUCUGGGUACCGCAUCGGGCCGUCAGAAGUGGAGAACGCCUUGACCCAGCAUCCGGCGGUGGCGGAGUCCGCGGUGGUGGGCAGCCCGGACCCCAAGCGCGGGGAGGUGGUGAAGGCGUUUAUUGUCCUGACCCAGGAGUUCCUGUCCCACGACAAGGACCAGCUCACCAAGGAGCUGCAGCAGCAUGUGAAGUCGGUGACAGCUCCGUACAAGUACCCGAGGAAGGUGGAGUUUGUCCCAGAGCUGCCCAAAACCAUCACUGGCAAGAUUAAACGGAAUGAUCUUCGGAAAAAGGAGUUUGGUGGGACGUAAUCAGGGGAAAACCCAGAACCUGCCCUGUGACCUUAGGCAAAUCCUGAGAUAGCUCAGUUUCCUCAAUGUGGUGGGGUUUGGAGGAGUGUAGAGAGGGUUGCUUUGGAGGGGUAUCAGGAGGUCUGAGGCUCCAGUAUUUCUGUUCCUCUGAGUUUGGUUGCUACCCUUCUUGGAAGUCCUCUGUUCUUCUGGGGGGCCAAGGCGAGCUCGAGGAUUGGGGUUACAGGUAAUAAAACACCAACAUCAGUAGCAACAGCA